CAUCAUCAUCAUCAUCAUCAUCAUCAUCUUCUUUCUUUAUUACCGCCCCCCCCUGCUGAUAAUUACUAACGAAGGAGCAGAGGGGAGAGAAGGUAUCGCAAAAGUCUCUUAGAGAAAAACAUCAGAUUAUAAGAUUCAAAAAUAAAACUAGUUAGCUAGUAAUCAUCGCUUAGUAGGGAAAAGGAAAGGAAAAGGGAUCUAGAUUGGAAGGAAGAAAUUAUAAGAUGGUAAAAGAAACAGAAUACUACGACGUGCUCGGAGUCAGCCCCACGGCCACCGAGGCUGAGAUAAAGAAAGCCUAUUACAUCAGGGCUCGGCAGGUCCAUCCAGAUAAAAACCCUAAUGAUCCCCUUGCCGCAAAGAAUUUUCAGACGUUGGGAGAGGCAUACCAAGUAUUAAGUGAUCCUGCCCAGCGGCAAGCAUACGAUGCUUAUGGAAAAUCUGGAAUCUCAACUGAAGCAAUCAUUGAACCUGCAGCAAUUUUUGCGAUGCUUUUCGGUAGUGAGCUUUUCGUGGACUACAUAGGACAGCUUGCUAUGGCAUCAAUGGCUUCAUUAGACAUUUUCACAGAGGGGGAACAAUUGGAUACUAAAAAGUUGCAAGAGAAAAUGAGGGUUGUUCAGAAGGAGAGGGAAGAAAAGCUUGCGGAAAUACUGAAAGAUCGACUCAAUCAAUAUGUACAAGGCAACAAAGAGGAGUUCAUUAAACACGCCGAAGCUGAAGUAGCUAGGCUCUCAAAUGCAGCUUAUGGUGCUGAUAUGUUGAACACAAUUGGUUACAUUUACGCAAGACAGGCAGCAAAAGAGCUUGGGAAGAAAGCGAUAUAUCUGGGUGUGCCAUUCAUUGCCGAGUGGUUUAGAAACAAAGGCCACUCUAUUAAAUCCCAAGUAACUGCAGCCACAGGUGCCAUUGCCCUGAUCCAGUUACAAGAGGACAUAAAAAAGCAGCUCAGCGCAGAAGGGAACUAUACUGAAGAAGAGCUUGAAGCAUACAUGCAAUCCCACAAGAAGUUGAUGACUGAUUCACUGUGGAAGCUUAAUGUAGCUGAUAUUGAGGCCACUCUUUCCCGUGUUUGUCAGAUGGUUCUUCAAGACAACAGCGUCAAGAAAGAAGAGCUUCGUGCACGAGCCAAGGGUUUGAAAACUCUUGGUAAAAUCUUCCAGAGCAUGAAAUCUGUCGAUGGAGGUGAGGGUGAACCUGUGCUAGGUGGUUCUCUGCAUAAACUGAAUGGAAGAGAACCAAGUUUCGAUGCCUGUUCUCCUAGUACUUCACCAAAAUCUAAAAGUCCUGAAGAGGCAUCUUAUAGCACAUUGGCAUCACAGAGCCCCUAUGUGGAAGCCCCGCAAUUUAAUGGUGCUCAGUUUAACUAUAACUUCCCAAGGCCAACAGCACCUCCUGGUGCCCAGAGACAUUCUUCAACAGGCAGCAACUGAUGGUGGAAAAUGAUAAUCCCAUGUGUGAGAAGCUUGUAUAGCAAUGUUGUGUCAUGUGGGAAAGGUGUGAAUUUUCAUUUGUUGAGUAUUCAUGGAGAAGCCCAUCUCGCCAUUUUUAGCUGGCACCGUGUGAUUUAUAUAUUUAUGUACUUAUGGAAGAAAAAUAUUAAUACACAACGAGAAAAGGAGAGGUGGUUGUAGAAGGCGAUGGUGUUUCUUUAUAUUCUCUCUGGAUGGCUGGCUUGUGCUGUAUUAUUCUGUAGUUCUCAUGUCUCUGUUUGUUAUAUGCUUUCACAGAUGUACAUUCAGGAUCAGUUUUUUGCUUAGUGUAAUUAUUACUUGGUGAUUGAUGUAUUGUUGCUACUCUAGUAGAUAAAGCAAGCAGGAUUGGUAUA